CUCCUUUUCUUUGACAACCCGUCCCACAGCAAGAACCUGUUUGCCAGCUGGAUCUUCGAGAUACUCAGGCAAGAGACAAUUACAAAGUUAUGUAUGACGCUCUCCCAACCCCAGCAUAUAAUGCGCUGAUUCCUCGGGUGGUUAAAUCCAUGGACAGCGGCCAGCAGGAUGCCAUGUCCGGGCUAGAAGAAAAGAUGAUUUCAAUCAUCGACGGUCCACAAGGCAGUGGAAAGACGAUGCUCGCUGCAACAUUUGGUGCUCUCUCUAUUCAAUCAGGAGAGAAAGUCACCUUCCUUGCAAGCACCAAAGCUGCUUUGAAGGAGUUGUUCUUGAAAGUUGUGGACAUAUCUUCGAACGAGCUACAUCUUCCUCUUUCUAUCAUUCAGCGUUUCAGUUGCAACGAAACUCAAGAUUGGUUGCCAGUUGACGUCAGGGUUCUUGCCAACAUCAUCUCGAAGACUCAAUUGAAUGAUCAAUACCAGCUCGACUUAAUAGGGAAGUCCACCCGGCAAACGUCAUAUCCACUUAAUAACAACGGUGGGGCUCCUACCGCCGUGUUUGGUUUAUACGACGAACUCGAAAGCCUCGACUCCGAAAGCUUUGAAACAACAGUGUUGUUAUGCGAUGGAGCUGAGAGAGCGCAUGAUUACUCCAUAUUUGCUGCUUGUGGACUUUUUGCUUCCACUUUGAAGAGAGUCGCCUUAUUCGGGAACUCGGAUAAGCUGCCCAUUGAAGCCGCCUCGAAACAUUUGAAUUAUCUGCGGAAUCAACUUCAACUGACAACAUUCUCUCGCCUCAUUUACACUGGCGUCAAGCCAAUUCGUCUAAACAGACAAUAUCACAUGGAUCCAGAUCUCUCGUCGUUGCCCAUGAGCCAUAUGUACUGGGACAGAGCUAGAGAGAAAUCGAGAUUGAGUGUUCUUGAUGGUGUUUCGACAGGCGACUUUCCAGCUCGAGUGUUCAUGCAACACUGGGCAGCUAAAUAUCUUCGGAAGGAUAUCAAAAACGCGAAGACUUCAGUCUUCGCAGAUGUGGUGGACGGCAUAUGUCUCCAAUAUUCGACCGGUCAUGCAAAAGUCAAUCAUCAGAACAUGGUCGCGAUCCUGCACAUACUUCGUUCAAUGAAAGAAGUCGACCUCCAGCAAGAAAAAAUUAUUGUUAUCACAUUCUUCCCCGAGGGUGCCGUAGCAAUGCGAAAAUUCCUCAAGUCGCAAAAGAUUGCAAGUGUUCGCGUCGAGCAUGUAGAUUCAGAUAAGAUCAAGAUCAAGGAGAACCUGAUUUCUAUCAUCGACUGUCCGAUGACUGGCAGUCCUGGAGCUGGAUCGCGGACACGGCAUGAGAGAGGCUACCCAAGGUCACCUGUCACUGGCGAACGUCCUCGAAUGCUCUUCCGAGUCCAAAGAAUGGUGUCUGCGCUCUGUGUUUCUCGAGGACUGCGGGUCUUCGUCGGAAGCACGUCACUUUUGGAUUCAAGAUCUGGCUAUGAUUGGAAGAAGAGCGGGGGCUAUGCCCUGAUCAAGGACUUGAUGGAAUCACAUACCAGAGAUGAGCAAGUUAAGCGAAUCGAAAUUGGAGAAGACCUCUUGCAGUAUGAGGAAUUCCUUCGUCCUGGAGAUUACGUGUUCGCCUCUGGCACCUCAAGGAGUUCUGUGGAAAUGUACCGAAACCUUGAGCGCAUUCAAGGGCAGCCGACAGAAACUCCACCUGCCACUGAAGCUGAAGGAUUGAUGAGCAUGACCUGGAGAAGUUGGACAGUCGCUACUGCUUCUGCUGCUACUGGAAUGGGUGCAAAUGGCACGAAUUGGAGAAGAGGUGAAAUGCUCAACAGUGUCGAGAACAAUGUGCGUGGAGAUGCAGAGAGGGGAUGGAUAGGGGCACAAAAUUUUGGGAAUUCUCCGGUUACUGGUUUGACCUCGAGACAAAAUAUUGGAUAUGAGACAAGAGUUGAGCGGAUUAGGAACACCAAUUGGAGAUCCGGCUUCUGAAUUUCAUACGAGGGUCUGUACUUAGGGCAAUUCAAGGACUCUCUGUAUUAACUAUGUGCUAGGUGUCGCAAUUGUGCGCAGGACAGUGAUAAUGGUCUGUUGAGAAGUGCUUAGUGGCUUCUCUUUCAUUAUCAACAUAAAUAAUAGAAGGAACAAUGGCCGAAGCUAUAGUAUGCAUCUAGGAAAUUUCAAGGGUCGUCCGAAGUUUCGGGCAGAGGUGCUCGCUAGAAUUGGGAGCUUCUUCCUAACGAGUGGGCGGCGUUGUCUUACAGGGCUAGACUCUGCACCAGUGACGCCAAACGGCACAGUAACCAGGAACCAGAGC